CAUCUGGAUGACAUUGUUAAUGCAAUUAUAAUUUCCAAUGGAACUAAUCUGGAACUAAUAUAGAUCUGAUAUAGAUAAUUCCAAAGGACACUCCAUAAAAGUAUAUUAUUUUCUUUUGUGUUUCGCUUAUAAUAAUUUGUUUUAAAGUAAAGGAUAAAAGAGUGGUGCAUUAAGGUUCACUGCUGAGCAUUUUUACAAUCAUAAAAUGAGGAAAAACAAAGAAAACAAUUUUGCUCACAAAUUUCGACUUUUAAACUCGCAGGAAAGUACAAACGAUAUCAACUGGUCGUUGAGCUCUUCAAGCGAUGAAGAAACUUCAUACAGCAAUGUUACAUAUUGCAAUAUAACGAAUCGACAACGUUAUACAAAACGAAAACGAAGUAGAAAACCUUCAAACAUUGCCAACUUGGAUAUAGCAGUACUAGAAAAUACCUCUACAUUUGCGGGUGAUAAAUCUCCUAUACUAUGUGAUAAUAAAAGCAUUAAAAUAAGCCCCGUUUUAGAAUCGAAAUCGUUGCAACGCUCACCGAUCCUAAUGCCAAGAAAUUCCCAAAAAAGUCCAAUUUUACAUCAAAACUCUUUAAAAGUGAAUAGAAAACUUUUCAAUAACAACGAAAAUCUAAUUUCUACCAAAAUCAAUGGUGGGACUUUUUACAGGCAAAAUAUAGGGAAUAAAUUAAAUACAAGUAACAACACAACAGAAAAUCAAUGCAUUUCUAAAAUAAAUGCUUCCAAUGCCUCAGAAAAUGGUGAGAAACAUUUUAAACACGAUAUUUAUCGGAAAGUCAAGUGUUUUUUUGAAAGUAACUUUACACAAGACAACGCAUCACAAAAUUCUAUUAGUGAUGAAACCACACCUAAAGAGAGCGCCCAGAGUGAAGAAAUAGAAAUAUCAAGUGGUACAACCGAUCACGAAACGUCCAGUGUUCACAAAUGUGUCAUAUCUGCAAGAGAAGAGAAGGUAAAUAAAGAUGUUACGAAGAAAAUCAAGUAUAAAAAAGAUGGAUAUGCAUACCGGUUGAACGCAUUAUUAAAGAAACAAAAUGCAAGCCGUUCUUUAUGGCAGCAUGAAAAAUUUCUUGCUGACAACUCGAAUUUCGUCAUACCUAAAGAAGCUCAUGUAUUAUUCCGGCAUACGAAAGCAAUUUCUGAAUAUGGAUGUACUGUUUUAAAUGCUGUUGAUGAAAAUGACCAGCAUUGGUCCGUAGUUAUCAAUAAUGUCUACCUAAAUGAAAAAAUUGGGAAUGAUUCCAUAAUUAAAAUAUAUAAACCUUACAAUGUGGUUGAAGUUGAUGGCCAUAAAUGGAUAUUGAAUGUAUUUAAGUAUGAUCAUUUGACAGAGAAAAUAGGGGAAUAAUGAUAUUUGUCAUACAAAAACAUAAAAAUAUCAGCAUAAAUCAAAAACUGCAAUCCACCAUCUAUAUUAAAAUAUAAUUACCACUAAAUAUAGAGUAUUAAGGUUGAUAGUGCAUAGUAAGCUGCAGGACUGCUUUUUUAACAGUUAGGGCAAACAGAUAAUUCAGAUAUUUUUAACAGGCCACCGAUAGUUUCUAUUGUUCUCUUUGUGGCACCCAAAACUUAUUUUUUACUUUGUGAUUUAACUUGCUUACACUAAUAUUGUACUGCGGGCCAUAUUAUGGCCUAUGGGCCUGGUAUUAUGCAAUAUGCUGCCUGCAUAGGUUCUCAAAAUAGAAUUUAUAUUUGCUUUUCUCUAGACCUAUAAAUAUCUACUUUUGGAAUCUUAGCAUAAAUACAACUUAUGUAAUGUUUUCAGAAGAAAGUAGUGUUAAAUUUAAACUUUUUUUACAUAUAAUCAGCAAAUCACAAAAUAACCAUUUAUAAGCAAAUGUUGUAAACCAAAAUGCUUACAUCUUUUAAAAUGUUACCAAAUAUGUACCUGAUUAAACAAAUAAUAUUAAAAAAA